AAAACGAGAAGCGUGGUGAUGGAAUCAGAUGAUGAAUAUAAAGGGUCAUCUCCUUCAUCGAGAGGUUCCUUCAGUGAUAGUGAUGGAGAAGGUGUACGAAGAGGUAUCAAAACUGCUAACCCGGCUUCUCGUAAUGCAAACGACAAGAAGGGAGCUAAUGGAGCCUAUGCUUGGGAAGAUGAAUAUCAGAGGACAUGGGAUAUAGUCAAAGAUGAUGAUAGUGGUCAGACGCUUGAGAGUUUGAUCCAGAAUAUGAUCGAGAGCAGGAAGAAGAAGAUUAUGAAGAACCCAACUGCCCCCUAUCAAAGAGGUAUUAUAAGAACGUUGGUGGUGGUAAUUGAUGGCUCACUGAUAAUGCUUGAGAAAGAUUUAAGACCUAACCGAUUCUCUAUGAUGUUGUCACUACUCCAAGAGUUUGUGGUUGAAUUCUUUGAUCAAAAUCCUAUUUCACAGCUCGGAAUUGUGCUUAUGAGAAAUGGUAUAUCAGAUGUAGUGAGUGAUGUAAAUGGGUCUCCCCAAUUUCAUCUCGAUAAAAUCAGACAACUAAGAGGAAAACAGCAUAACAGGUUUGAACCUAAGGGUGAUCCAUCUCUUCAAAAUGCAUUGGAACUUUCGAGAUCCCUUCUCCGAUACAAUUUUGGCAAUAACAUCAAUGACACUAAAAAUUCCAAAGAAAUUUUAAUUAUCUUCGGUGCUUUGUUCACAAGUGACCCUGGAGAUAUUCAUAAAACUAUAAGCAGUCUUGUAAAAGAUAAUAUCAAAGUCAAGGUGAUAGGAUUAUCAGCAAAGGUUGCUAUUUGUCAAGAAAUUGUCAACAAAACAAAUCAUACAAGUAACAACUUUAAUAAUCCAAAUUAUGGUGUAAUUAUGAAUGAAAGUCACUUCAAAGAAUUACUUAUGGACUGUGUGGUUCCAUUACCUAUAACCGUUGAACAACAAAAAGAAAUCGAGGCAAGUAAGUCUGUUCCUCUAUUGAAAAUGGGAUUCCCCACUAAGGUUCAACCUACUCUUUCAUCCUCAAGUGGAGGACAUUCACUUGACUUCAUACAAAUAUGUGCUUGCCAUUCAGGCUCAAGAACUGAAAAUGGAUCUGACGCCGCUGCAAUCCAACAAAGUUCAAGUGUGAUUGGUUAUAGAUGCCCCCAGUGUUCUAGCAAAGUUUGCAGUUUACCUACAGUAUGUCCUAUCUGUGGGUUGAUGUUAAUUCUUUCUACCCACUUGGCAAGGUCGUACCAUCACCUUGUACCUCUCGUGGAUUAUGAAGAAGUACCUGUGAAAGGAUCAUAUCCGUCUUCGUUUUGUUAUGGGUGUCUACUACAAUUUCCCGAAGGGAUUGAAAAUAUUCAUAAAGACAGUAAAGAAAAGCUAGAAACUAUGUCUAGCUCAAGGUAUAGAUGCAAAAAGUGUAAAAACGACUUUUGUAUCGACUGUGAUGUCUUUGUCCAUGAAACAUUACACAAUUGUCCUGGUUGUGAGAAUCAAUGAUUAUUUUUCUUAUAUACUAUACACUUGAAAGAAUACAGGAUAGUUCUUUCUAAAUCGUGGUGAACAAUCUGUACAAUUUUUAAAAUAUACAAAUCAUGUGCCUUGAAACAAAUCAACACCUUAGGCUGAAUCAAUUUACUUAUUUGAGCCCCAACUAGAGUUUCCUCCAUUAGUUCCCCAGGUUGAGGGAGCACUAUUGUUCCCCCAGCUCGAAUUAGCACCAUUAUUUCCCCAACUUGAGUUUGCACCAUUGUUACCCCAGCUUGAGUUUGCACCAGUACCUUCAUUAGCCCCACCCCAACUAGAGUUUCCUCCUUUCUUCCACGAAGAGGCUCCACCCCACGAAGAAGAACCACCAUUAGCAUUAGCACCCGUACCCCAAGACGAAGUUGAGCCACUUCCCCAUGCUGAGGCACCACCAGCUGGGGUUUUUCCUCCUUCCCAUGUGGAGGCACCACCAGAACCAGCAGGGCCACGCGAGCUCCAACCACCUGAUCUAGUUUCCGAAGAAAACGCCGGUCCAGAGGUUCUAGGAGCAUUCAUGUCUUGCCCUUGGGUGUCAGGUGCUCCUAUAAACCUUAAAUAAGGAAUUGAUUGGCCUCUGAUUAGCACACUUAAUUGAUUCUUCUUGACUUUAAUCUUCUUAGAAUUUGUGUGCAAUUCGAUUCUGGCAUAGAUGUCAUCAGCAUCAGUGACUUUACCCAUCAAACCCUUAUGAUUACCACCAGUGACAACAACGUCCUUGUAAAUCAACUUAUCUCUACCACCAACUCUUGUCUUUAAUCCAGCAGUGGCGAGAGGGUUUGGGGCUUUGAAGUUAGGAUUCAUCUUUGUCAAGUCAGGUCCUAAAGACUUAGAAACCAUUGAAUCUUUCGAUGAAACAGUCAUUACAUUCAUAGAAUUGGCCACAAAUAUACCCAAGUUUUCGAUUAUUUCAUUGGACUUAAUGAACAAUGUAUUUUUGUAAAUGUGAAGGAUAUUACCUUCUCGUUUUUUAUCAUUAGUCAAUUCUUUAACAGUAUCACCCACUUUUAUGGUGAUUCCUUUUCUGUCAGUAGCGACCUGCUCAAGACGACUGAGUUUCAACUUAGAUGCAAUACCCGAUGGUUUAACAUUUAUGAAUCUUCCGUCAGAAGUGAGCACUUGGAAGAGGUCUUUUUCUGUUUUAAGGAUUACUCCCACGGUAGAAGCACUCAACUCAACCAAAUCUUUGAUUUCAUAUUUGCUAUCACUUGACGCUACAGUCAGU